AUGACACCGAAACGCUUCCGAAACACACCGCAAAUGCCCAAUGAAAGCGGCAGGCAAUCGAAUGCCGCGCUUGCCGUUCUGCGCUGGCUGCGCCGCAAUCCAGAACACAGCGUCCCCGUUGCUAUGCUCACGCUCUAUCUCGGCGUCUGGCUGACUGUUCCGCACCACAAAUUGCAUACUGUUCCUGCGCUUCCGCCGCCUGUCCUUGUUGUUACGCCUGCCCCACCUGUCGCCCCGCCGGAACCAGUAAAGGCGCAAUCAGGCGAACGGCUGGACGCAGCGCGGUUCGUUUCAGUAGGAAAUGACCAAUGGCGGAUUGAGAUAUGGAAGGCUGGCGAAGAGUUAGGCGUUGAAGAUUAUAUCAACUUCUAUCGCAAUGGGCAUCUUGUUCGCCAGGUAAACGCCGAAACGCUGGGGGGCACGACGCUGGGCUUCGGCGAAGCGAAGUUCGCCACCCGUUUUCCCGUUCUCGUCAUUCAAGUUGAACCUACGUGCGGAACGCCUACCAUCACACAGAUUUACACGAUUCGGCGCAGAAAAUUGAUAGAUAUGGGGCAAAUCGGAGCACUCAACGGCGGGCCGAUCUUCCAUGAUUAUGAUGGCGACGGCAAGCCGGAAUGGGUCUUCGAUGACUAUGACUGGUACACGUAUUACGGCAAGGCCCCCAAGCAUUUUCUGAUUUACAAAGAACGGGCUGAUGCGUGUCUGCUUGCGGCUACUGUCCGUGUCGAGCAUGACGCGGCAACGCCUGCGAGACAAGGCUGCGGAUGCGCGGAUGAGACGCUGCAAUCUGUGGCGUGGCGGCAGGACAAAGCGCCGAAUGUAAACGGCGUUCUAAACUUACAGGGCGAUAUAGCCCGCAUCCACGAUCCUGCCAUCACGAGAGAAGGCAAUGUUUACUACACGUUCUCGACCGGGCCGGGAAUCCGCGUGACGACCUCCAGCGAUAAAUUGACCUGGAAGCGGCAGGGCCAGGUCUUCGCGAAGCCGCCGGAUUGGACGCAGGCUACGAUACCCGGCUCCAAUGCUGCCUUCUGGGCCCCGGAUAUCUCCUAUUGGCGCGGCAAGUGGCAUCUGUACUAUGCGGUCUCUACCUUCGGGAGCAACCAUUCCGCGAUUGGGCUGGCAACCAAUACCACGCUGAAUCCGGCAAAGGCGAAUUAUCAGUGGAAGGACGAGGGCGCGGUCAUUGUCUCGAAGCGAGGCGACGGCUGGAACGCGAUUGACCCAAACCUUAUCGUGGACGCGAAGAAGCGCGUCUGGCUGACAUUCGGCAGUUUCUGGGGCGGCAUCAAGAUGGUCGAACUAAACCCGAAGACCGGUAUACCCGACAAGCCGGACGCGCCGCCGAUUUCGCUUGCCGCCCGCCCGGAGCCAGGCGCGGGACACGGCGCAAUCGAGGCCCCGUUCCUGAUACGCCACGCGAAGUAUUACUAUCUGUUCGUGUCGUUUGACUUCUGCUGUCGGGGCGCAAAAAGCACCUAUAAUGUUCGGGUGGGCCGCUCUGCCGCUAUUACCGGGCCAUAUAAGGACAAGACCGGAAAGGCGAUGCGGGACGGCGGCGGGACGCUGGUUGUGGCGGGCAACGGACGCUGGCGCGGCACGGGGCAUAACGCCGUGCUUCAGGAGAAAAACGCCGACUGGCUGGUGUAUCACGCUUACGACGCGGAAGACGGAGGCGUCUCUAAACUGCGAAUCGAGCGAAUGGCGUGGGAUGCGGAUGGCUGGCCGCUGGCGCUGAGCAUGACCGCGCCCCAAACGCGGUAG